AUGCACAUGCUGGCGUCAAACGGAUCCGUAAUGGACCUGGAGUCGGAGUGGGUGAAAGUAAAAGCGCACUUCUGUGGGGACAUGCUGAUCACAGACCUGGCAGCCUCGUUAACCUUUGCAGAGCUGUGUGUGGAGGUGAGAGGGAUGUGCAGCGUUGCCAGGCAGCAGCCCAUCACACUGAAGUGGAUCGAUGAUGAAGGGGACCCUUGUACGAUCUCAUCUCAGAUGGAGCUGGAGGAGGCUUUUCGUAUCUACAACCGGACCAAGAAGUCUGGACUGCUGCUGCACGUGUUCCCCAGUAUCCCGGAGCGCCCGGGCAUGCCCUGCCCCGGAGAGGACAAAUCGAUCUACCGCCGCGGGGCCAGAAGAUGGAGGAAACUGUACCGAGUCAACGGACACCUCUUCCAGGCCAAACGCUUUAACAGGAAAGCCGACUGUGGCCACUGUAGUGAACGGAUAUGGGGGCUGGGCCGGCAGGGCUACAAGUGUAUCAACUGCAAACUGCUGGUCCAUAAGCGCUGUCACAGACUCUUCCCUCAGACCUGCCAAACGCUUAUGGAUCCAGCUAUGCCAUCACAGGAGCCCCCCUCAGAUGGAAAAGGUGACGAGGUGGACCUUCCACCAGACGACACAGAGGACACAGACAGGAUACCGUUUUUACCGCACAACUGUACCGUGGAUAAAACGGAGGAUGGAGAAGUGGAGGACAUCAAAGCGGUGGUGGACGGCAUCGACGGGAUCAAACUGUCUCCCGGUCUCGCUCUCGGCCUCGGGGACUUUGACCUGAUCCGGGUGAUCGGGCGCGGCAGCUACGCCAAAGUCCUGUUGGUGCGGUUAAAGAAGAACGAGCAGGUGUACGCCAUGAAGGUGGUGAAGAAGGAGCUGGUCCAUGACGACGAGGAUAUCGACUGGGUGCAGACGGAGAAGCAUGUGUUCGAGCAGGCGUCCACCAACCCUUUCCUCGUCGGCCUCCACUCCUGUUUUCAGACAGCGAGUCGGUUAUUUCUGGUGAUUGAGUAUGUGAACGGCGGGGACUUGAUGUUUCAUAUGCAACGACAGAGGAAGCUCCCUGAAGAACAUGCAAGAUUUUAUGCAGCAGAAAUCUGCAUCGCUCUGAACUUCCUGCAUGAAAAAGGAAUCAUCUACCGCGAUCUGAAGUUGGACAACGUGCUCCUGGACCAUGACGGACACAUCAAGCUCACAGACUACGGCAUGUGCAAGGAGGGGAUCAGACCAGGUGACACCACCAGUACCUUCUGUGGAACCCCAAACUACAUCGCACCUGAGAUCCUCAGAGGAGAGGACUACGGCUUCAGCGUGGACUGGUGGGCUCUGGGCGUGCUGAUGUUUGAGAUGAUGGCUGGCAGGUCUCCGUUCGACAUCAUCACCGACAAUCCUGACAUGAACACAGAGGAGUACCUGUUCCAAGUUAUUCUCGAGAAACCCAUUCGCAUCCCAAGGUCUCUGUCAGUGAAAGCUGCCAGCGUGCUCAAGGGCUUUCUCAACAAGGAUCCCAAGGAGCGGCUGGGAUGCCAGGUCGAGACAGGCUUCACAGAUAUCAAGUUACACACGUUUUUCCGCAGUAUAGACUGGGACCAGCUGGAGAAGAAGGAGGUGACGCCGCCCUUCAAACCUCAAAUCUCUGACGAGUACGGCCUCGAAAACUUCGACACGCAGUUUACUAAUGAACCAGUGCAGCUAACACCAGAUGACGAGGACGUCAUCAAGAGAAUAGACCAGUCAGAGUUUGAGGGAUUUGAAUACAUCAACCCCCUGCUGCUAUCCACAGAGGAGUCUGUAUGAAGGAGAGACACGCUUCCUCCCUCGCCCACCUUCUGCUCGUCCAAGCUGCCGUCUCAGCCAAAAGACACUCAGAGCCAAGGAGGAGGAGGAGGAGGAGGAGGAGGAGGACGACUCACCCUGUGGACAUGUCAACAAGCAAAGACAACAGGAGCAGAGUUUCGAUUGUUUCCUCUUUUUAUUUGGUUUCCUGGAAAACAAAGACUUCAGAACAUUCCCUGUCGCUCCGCCGUCUUCGCCCUUUUUUUUCCUUCCCCCCCUCAGAAUGUCCAUCCUCACGUCGAAGCACGAGCGGCUUCGAUGUGUGAGCGGAGAGAGCCGUCUCAUUCUGUGCCUGCCGUCAUGAACACGUCUCCACCCCGCCUCAUGUCCCCCGAUCCAUGACGGCUCUGCCGAGGAACUUGAAUUUUAACUUGCACUUUUCUUUUUUUUUUUGUUAAUUCCUGUUUUUUUUGUAUCUUGUAGGGGGGGCAAAGACGCCCCACGCAGAACAAGAAUGUACACUGAGGAAGGAAGAAAUAAGUUAUUAUUAUUGUGUAAAAUAAUGUAGGUAGUGGUACAAACAUUGACGAUGCCUUUUUAUCGAUGCAAAGUGGCACAGAUUCAUCCGCAACCACGAUGUUUCUUUACUGUUGUUUUUAUGAUUUUACAAACAACGAGGGGGAGGGGACUCUUUUUAUUUAAGAAGUGCCUCAAAGAUGGAUGAACUACCGAGUCUCUGAUUGCACUUAAUCUCUUACUGAGCAUCUCUUCACGCAGAGAAAUCUGAGGGCGUGGCUUCACUCUGAUUGGUGCGCUGUAGCGUCCUUAAGACCUGACACACGAUCGAACCUUUUCACUUCAACAGAUGAUUAAUGAGCGCUUUAUAAAUUCAUCCAAAGAGCCAGAGUAGUAUCAGAUGUUUAGAGAGUGGUGAUUGGCUGCUUCAGUCCUGUGUAUUAAAGGUGAUCUUCAGGUUCAGUCAGAUGAGGAGAAUAAAGCUCUCGUCGGCCUCCUCCCCGUGCUGGCCAAGCUCAGAUUCUUCCUCACCAGCUUCUGCUGUGUGACCAUCUGCAGCCGGCCGUAAAGAUCCUGUGACCGCCUGGCUGUGCUGUCUUGUGGAAAAGUGUUUCUGUUUCCAUUUCGGGAUCGUUGUGCCUCCAAAAGGCUGAAUUUACACGGAGCAACUCCAGAUUAUAAAUAUCAUGAUCUCUUUGUGCAGACAGAAUCAUCAAAAGAUAAUUAAUGUUCUUAAUGUUUAAUCUUGUUUCUUAAAGAGGCUCUCCAUCAGGACCCUCGAGACUGUAAACCCCCCCCCCCCCGACCUCAA